AUGACAGUUUCUGCUGACCUUGCUGCUGGUGGAAUGCAAAAACACCAAGUCCAAGAGGGUGAGGAUCCAAAGCUUAUUGAACGUUUGAGCAACAAACAGUUGCUAUUAGAGAAUAUUGACUAUGCGAUCGACUUAUUUCUUAUCUAUGUUUUGACACUGUCCCCUGGAUUCUUGUCUGAGACACAGGCUCCCACAGCUUGGGCUCAUGGUAAGGAUUCUCAUAACUCGAAUAUGCAAGUGAUCUUGACAUUGCAAUUAUAUGCACUUGUGCUGAUCGCCAUGUAUAAUGUGUGGGAUCUCAUUGGAAGAUACAUUCCUCUUCUGAAACCGUUGGUGCUAUCAUCUAGGAAAGGUCUCAUAGCUGCAAUUCUUUCAGGAUUCCUACUCAUUCCAGCCUUCUACUUCACCGUCAAGUACGGGGACCAAGGAUGGAUGAUCAUGUUAACUUCAUUCUUAGGGCUAAGCAAUGGUUACUUUACUGUCUGUGUUCUUACUACCGCACCAAAAGGAUAUAAGUAUGCAUUUUCCCUAGUUGGUUUAAGUGAUAAUGAAAGGACUGAUUACUGUGUUAAUUGA